AUGCCGGUCAGCUUGGGCCUCAGUCCUACGCUUGGCUAUUCGCAAUACACUGGGGUGGCCGGAGUUCCCCGUAUCUCUACACAUGUCCCCGCGGAUUUCAGUAAAUUGCUUUUCUCAGGUGUGUGGGGUAUUGGAGUCGCUACGCAGAAGGUUAACCUGAACCAGAUCCCUUUUGGACGGGAUGUUCACAGUUUAGUCCUAAGACAGGAUGGAUCUGUCUAUCACAACAACGAGGAGAAAAACAGGCUCCCAGCAAACAGCAUCCCUCAGGAAGGAGACAUAGUGGGUAUCACAUAUGACCAUGUAGAACUCAAUAUGUUUUUGAAUGGAAAGAAUAUGCAUUGUCCAGCAUCAGGAAUCCGAGGAACAGUGUUCCCUGUCGUAUAUGUGGAUGACAGUGCAAUUUUGGAUUGCCAGUUCAGUGAAUUUUACUACACACCUCCUCAAGGAUUUGAGAAGAUUUUAUUUGAACAGCAAAUCUUCUAAGCAACACUACCCGCACUACAACUUGCACCCUGCACUGUUUUAAAGAGUUUCUUCUGUUUUUACAGAGCUUUGUGUCAAUUGUAUGAAGUACAGUAUGUUGAGCAUUGUCUUGUGACUGUCCUUUCCAGCAUUGUACCCAGCUCUAUACCACCUGGAAGAAGUUAGUCUGAAACUGUAGUUUAAAUUGUUUCAUCAUCUGUAAGCUGUGUUUUUUGUUUCUUACAACAUUUGGUGUGGUUGUCUUUCCCUUUUAAUCAUGGGGUUUGGCAUCAUUUGUUCCCUUUUGUUAAUCAACCUCUGCCUAGCAGAAGCUGAUUUAGCAGAUUGUCAUUGUUAUUUGUAAUUAAGGACAAGGUUAUGCAGCUUGUGACCAAAGUAACACAUUCAGUAUCAGUUUUGUAACCAUGGUACUCAUUUGGAAUUCUUGCCCACAGCAUAAUUACAAUUAUUAUUAACACACAAAUUGGUUUAUUUAGCCUCUUGAUGAGAUUUCAUAUAUUUAAUUUAAAAUGUAAAUGUUUAAUAAAACACAAGACGCUACCAGUAUCAGUCACAGCUUGAUCUUCUAUAUAGUACAGAAAUGGACCGCUAUGCAAACGACUGAUUCAGUUCAACUGGUUAUAUCCAUUUGAAACAAAAUAAUCAAAUGUUGUAUACGUCGACCUAUUUAACACUAAAACUGAUAACUAAAAUGAAAAAAAAAACCUGUUAAAUUCUUUUGGACGUUUUAGGGAUGCCCUGUUUCUUGUAAGUUGUCAACAGUUGACAAUUUAAAGUAUUACUGUGUUUUGUUGUUUUUCUUUUUGAAUUGCAUCAGCACUCCUGUACAUGUGGUAACAUAUUAAAUGUUAGGACAUUGUUUGGUAUGUGUCUCUGGUGUUAAUGUGUUGAUUUAGCAUUGUUGAAAUGUGAGUGUUAUGUAUUAAAAUAAAAAAGAACCAAAUGAA